AUGCAGUUCCCAUAUCUUCCACUGGCGGAGUCGACACCAUUUAACUGGCCAAAGUCUAGACUUUACAUCUCUUUUCCUCUCCUUUGCGUCUUACUGGUGUCUCUUUGCUUCAAUCUGGCGACCGCGUAUCUUUGGUUCGACGCAUCCAGUCCAGCAAAUCCAUUGUUUCCCCAAGCCGUAUAUUCACCAGCUCAGAGCGCGUUAUCUUACAGAGCUAUCAAGUUCCAUAGCGGCUUCGGUGCCAACAUGCCGAUCUAUGACCAGCCUCCUUCAGACGCUGUCGAUAAUGCCUGGAAAAGUCUCUACAAGUUUGCUUACUCGAAAAUACCGAGAAGUCAAGCGCAAUUUCUGGCGAACAAGACGUAUCCGAUUCUUGGGGACGAGCCCAGGACCUAUAUGCUUGCGCUGGACGUAUUCCAUCAGCUCCAUUGUUUGGACGAGAUUCGCAAGGCCAUGAAUCCGGACUAUUACCCACACACGGCGGAAGGAAUCAACACGAGUCAUAUGCAGCACUGUCUCUCGAGUCUACGCCAGUCUAUUAUGUGUGCCUCCGAUAUCACCCCAAUAGUGUGGCAAUGGUCCGAAGGAUCGCAUGCCGCAAAGGAGAGGUCAGAUGUGCUUCAUACAUGCAGGGACUUUGGGAGAAUUCACGAUUGGGCCCAGGCUCACUUUGCUGGCGCCAUGCAGAAUAUGUCGGUUUAUAUUGCAGACGAUUUGUUUGUGUAG